AUGGGUAAAGGUCGAGCAGAGCCAGGAACCCCAAAGUAUAUAGCGAACAAGAUCAAGUCAAAAGGAUUACAAAAGCUGAGAUGGUUUUGUCAGAUGUGCAACAAACAGUGUCGCGACGAAAAUGGAUUCAAAUGUCACACAAUGUCCGAAUCGCAUCAACGGCAACUGUUAUUGUUUGCAGACAAUGCGGGACGUUACCUGAGUGAAUUCAGUUAUGAAUUCUCCAAGGGAUUUUUAUUCCUGUUGAAACGGCAGUUUGGUACCAAAAGAGUGAAAGCGAACAAAGUUUACCAGGAAUACAUUUCAGAUCGAACCCAUCUGCACAUGAAUGCCACUCAAUGGACAACUCUAACUGGAUUUGUCAAAUGGCUAGGGAAAACAG